AUGGCUUCAUUGAAAGCCUUCGUGCUGGCGGCGCUCCUGAGCAGCGUUUCAGGCCUUGCCGGACAGUAUCCGCUGCUCGAAUCGCCAAACCAGGACCGACCUCUUGUGGACACUGAAGCUCUGCAGUCCAAGAUCAGCGGGGAGAAACUGCUGUCAAGAGCGAAAGACCUUUACACCCUGGCGGAAUUGUCGUACCACGAGCGGAACCGUCCCACGAGAGAAAUCGGCAGUGCCGGACACGACGCAACGCUGCAAUACAUAUGGGCUACCCUUGCGAAACUGGGAAACUAUUACAAUAUAUCGGAGCAGUCUCUCCCGGCUAACCUUGGCGAGGUCUAUGAGUCCCGUCUCGUCAUCGCAGACGAAGUCAUCAAGAACGCGUCUGCCAUGAGUUUGACUCCCCCGACCCAUGAAAACGAACCGGUGCGCGGCAUUCUCGUAUUGAUAAAGGACAAUGGCUGCUCUCCCUCGGAUUAUCCAGUCGAGGUUCGAGGUAAUAUCGCUUUUAUUGAGCGAGGCAGAUGCUCAUUUGGGGAGAAAUCCAAGCUGGCCGGCCGUGCCGGAGCUCUCGCCGCUGUCAUCUUUAACAACGAGGCCGGUACCCUGCACGGUACCAUGGGCACUCCAGACCCCGAACAUGUUGCUACGUUCGGCAUCUCUGCCGAAGAGGCGAAGGACAUUCUCAAGGAGCUGAAGGACGGGGCGACCAUCGAUACUAUUGCAUACAUCGACAGCACUGUGCAGACGAUCCAAACGCUUAACGUGGUAGCGCAAACAGUCGAGGGCGACCCGGAGAAUUGCGUCAUGCUCGGUGCACACUCAGACAGUGUUGGCGAAGGGCCCGGCAUCAAUGACGACGGCUCCGGGACGUUGUCCUUGCUGGAGGUUGCAAACCACCUGACCAAGUUCCGUGUCAACAAUUGCGUGCGAUUUGCGUGGUGGGCAGCAGAGGAAGAAGGCCUGCUCGGCUCCAACUUCUACGCGCUUUCUCUGUCGGAGACGGAGAACAUGAAGAUCCGUCUGUUCAUGGAUUACGACAUGAUGGCUUCCCCCAAUUUUGCCUAUCAGAUCUACAACGCAACCAACGACGAGGAUCCCAUUGGCUCGCAACAGCUGCGAGACCUCUACGUGGACUGGUACACGGAGCAUGAGUUGAACUACACAUUCAUACCUUUCGAUGGCCGGAGCGACUACGAUGGUUUCAUUCGAGCCGGCAUCCCCGCGGGUGGAAUUGCCACGGGCGCCGAGGGCAUCAAAAGCCCGGAAGAGGCGGAAGUCUUUGGAGGUAAAGCGGGCGAUUGGUAUGAUCAUUGCUAUCACCAACUGUGCGACGAUGUUGGAAACGUCAAUGUGACCGCUUGGGAGGUCAACACCAAGCUCAUUGCGCAUUCUGUGGCCACAUACGCCAAGUCUUUCAAAGGUUUCCCAGAGCGCUUGCCUCUUGAGGCAUCGGGGCCGAGCAAAUAUGCGCAAAGGGUCAAAUUCCGUGGAAAUAAGCUCUUCAUUUGA